AUGAGUACUCCAUUUGGUUUAGAUUUAGGUAACAACAACUCCGUCUUAGCUGUUGCUAGAAACAGAGGUAUUGACGUUGUCGUCAAUGAAGUCUCCAACCGUGCCACUCCAUCUUUAGUUGGUUUCGGUCCAAAAAACAGAUACUUAGGUGAAACCGGUAAAACCAAGGAAACCUCCAAUGUUAAGAACACCGUUGGUAACUUGAAGAGAAUCGUUGGUUUAGAUUAUGCCCACCCAGAUUUCUCUACUGAAUCCGAAUAUUUCACUUCUAAAUUAGUUAAGACCGAUGAUGAAAAGAUUGGUGCUGAAGUUAGACUUGCAGGUGAAAAGCACACUUUCAACGCUACUCAAUUAGCCGCCAUGUUUAUUGGUAAGGUUAAGAACACUGUCCAACAAGAAACCAAGGCUAACAUUAACGAUGUUUGUGUUGCUGUUCCAGCUUGGUACACUGAAGAACAACGUUACACAAUUGCUGAUGCUGCCAGAGUUGCUGGUUUGAACCCUGUCAGAAUUGUCAACGAUGUUACCGCUGCUGCCGUCUCUUACGGUGUCUUCAAGACUGAUUUACCAGAAGGUGAAGAAAAGCCAAGAAUUGUUGCCUUCGUCGACAUUGGUCAUUCCACUUACACUUGUUCCAUUAUGGCUUUCAAGAAGGGUGAAUUAAAGGUCUUAGGUACUGCUUACGAUAAACAUUUUGGUGGUAGAAAUUUCGACCGUGCCAUCACUGAACAUUUCGCUGAUGAAUUCAAAGGUAAAUACAAGAUUGAUAUCAGAGAAAAUCCAAAGGCUUACAACAGAGUUUUAACUGCUUCUGAAAAGUUAAAGAAAGUUUUAUCUGCUAACACUGCAGCUCCAUUCAAUCUUGAAUCUGUUAUGAACGAUGUCGAUGUUUCUUCUCAAUUGACUCGUGACGAAUUAGAGGAAUUAGUCAAACCAUUGUUAGAACGUGUCACUGAACCAGUUACUAACGCUUUAGCUCAAGCUAAAUUAACUCCAGAAGAUGUUGACUUUGUUGAAAUUAUUGGUGGUACCACCCGUAUCCCAACUUUGAAGAACUCUAUUUCUGAAGCCUUCGGUAAGCCAUUAUCUACAACUUUGAACCAAGAUGAAGCUAUUGCUAAGGGUGCCGCUUUCAUUUGUGCCAUCCAUUCUCCAACUUUGAGAGUUAGACCAUUCAAAUUCGAAGAUAUCCACCCAUUCUCUGUUUCUUACUCUUGGGAUAAACAAGUUGAAGAAGAAGACCACAUGGAAGUUUUCGCUGCUGGUUCUACUUUCCCAUCCACUAAAUUGAUUACCUUGAACCGUACUGGUGACUUCACAAUGGCUGCUCAAUACACUAACAUUGACCAACUACCAAAGGGUACUGGUGCUGACAUCGCUAAAUGGGAAAUCACUGGUGUUGAAGUUCCAGAAGGUGAAGAAUCUGUUCCAGUUAAGGUUGUCUUAAGAUGUGAUCCAUCUGGUCUACAUAUUAUUGAAGAAGCUUACACUGUUCAUGAUAUUAAGGUCCAAGAAGUUGUUCCACUACCAGCUGAUGCUCCAGAAGAUGCUGAACCAGAAUUUAGAGAAGUCACUAAAACUGUCAAGAAGGAUUCUUUGACUGUUGUUGCUCACACAUUUGCCUUAGAUGACAAGACUUUGAACGAAUUGAUUGAAAAGGAAAACGCUAUGUUCGCUAAAGAUAAAUUGGUUGCUGAAACUGAAGACCGUAAGAACACUUUAGAAGAGUAUAUUUACACUUUACGUGGUAAGUUGGAUGAAGAAUAUGCUCCAUUCGCUUCUGGCGCUGAAAAAACCAAAUUAAAGGAUAUGUUAGCUAAGGCUGAGGAAUGGUUAUAUGAUGAAGGUUACGAUUCCAUCAAGGCUAAAUACAUUGCUAAAUACGAAGAAUUAGCUUCUCUAGGUAACAUGAUCAGAGGUAGAUAUUUAGCUAAAGAAGAAGAGAAGAAGCAAGCUUUAAGAGCUAACAAGGAGGCUAGCCAAAUGGCUGAUUUAUCCGCUAAAUUAGCUGCUCAAAGAAAGGCUGAAGCUGAAGCGAAGGAAAAUGCGAAGGAAUAA